AUUUCUUUCACGCUUAUACUGGAGCAAAUACAAACCUUCUGUAAAAGAAUAAUAAGUAUUUUUGUUAUUGACGGAAACGGCAUCACCGCGUAUAAGAAAAGCACAUUCCCUUACGUAAAAAAAUUAUAUAUAUAAGUAGCCAACCGUAGCUAGCUUAAUUAUGCUAGGAAACCGAUGACGUCGCGCGACGCUGGUCGUUUAACAAACAUUUGCAAACCUUUUAUCUUCGGGCCAACAAUAAAUAUAGUUUGCGGCUUUGCCGCAGCGUGUGUUUUAAAAAUAUUCAGAACACUUUACUUACGUUUUGUCUGCUGUGUAUUUGCAAUUCACCUUAACGGUCAACUCGGAUACUCUUUGAAACUGUUGCCACCUGCCAACUUGGAAUUCUUCUGAACAAGUGAGAAAAGCAGUGAUGUCACUGCGGAGCCAUCACACGGAACUACCCAAAAAACUGAACAGGCUGGGGAGGAGAACAUUGUGAAGUGGCAGCAGGACCAUGUCACCUCAGAUGUCAAAAGAGAAUGCAGACCCAUGAAGUCGUAUCUCUUCCUGAUAAGCCUACAUCCAAAUCGCCUGAUCAUGGUGAUGAACGACAGCCAGUGACAGAUGAAAGGCAAGAAAACAUCAACAAAGUCAAAUCCGACCUUGAAAAUGCCCACGGCUGUAUAAAAAUCUUACUUACCCAAGUGGCUGAGAGGGACAAGGAGAUUGAUAAUCUCAAUCAUGCACUCCAUGGACCUCACCAUGGCGUCUCUUUAGAGACUCAGAACAACACCAACAAGAAACUGAUCAGCUACCUUAACCUUCAGAUUGAGUAUCUGCAAGAGGGCAACAAAACACUUGAGCAGAGGAUCCAAGGACUUCAGCAAAAGGCAUCUGCAGAAGUAGCCGACCUUUCUCUGAGGAACAUGCAUCUGUGUCGACAGCUGACGCAAAAGAACACCAUUAUGAAGCAGACUAAGAUGGACAAGAAGCGAGUGCUGGAUAUAGCGUACCGGAACUUGUCUGCUUCCAAAGAGGUUAUUAUCAGUCAACAGGAAGUCAUUAAAGAUUUGGAGGAUAACCUUCUUAAAAUAAGAGGGGAGCUUCCAGACAGUAGUUCCAAUAGUUUGCAUCGAAUUGUUGACCUGGAAAAAGCCGUCCAGAAUUUGGAGCGGGAGAGGUUGGAGCUGCGGUCACAACUCUCGUCGUGUAAAGACAGCAAGUCGGAUACGGACCCGCGGUGGGACUUUCAGCCAGCCGAGCGGCUUCAGAACACUAAGGAAGAAGUGGCUGCGGCGCAGCGGAAGAAAGCAGCUCGAGCUCUUGGUCAACUGCAGGGGGCGCCAAAAAGUCUUGAAGGAGGGCUUGCCAACCUGCCAAAACAAUUAGGUACGACCCAACAAUGCAUUGUCUCAGAGAACACGAGGUUACAGGAUGACAUGACCACACUGAACAGAGAGAAGCAAGCUGCAAAUGCUGGGAUGGAGGAGGUACUGCGUGAGCGGGACCAGCUCAAAUUGAGUGUGCACUCUUACAUCAAUGCAAUGUACAGGAUUGAGGAGAUGAUGAGGACAAAAGAUCAAGAGAAUUUCGAACUGGUGGAGCGCCUGCAAACGGCCCAGUCGAACCUCCAAGAGCGGGAACAGCGGCUGCAGGUGACAGAAGACCUCGUGAGCGCCAUUGACGUGGAGCUGCGCAAAGCCCAGGAAUGCCCGGCCGCCCUCCUCGCCGACCUGGCCUGCGUGCGGGAGCUCUGCGCCAGACUGGACUCUGACAAGGAGCUCACAAGUUGUGAGCUCACGUCUAAGAGAAUGGAGCUCGACAUAGUUCGCUCAGAAACAGAGUCGCUGAAAAAGCAACUAGAGUGCGAGAAGAUGACCGUGCGCAACCUGGAGAUGCUGCUCGCCACCGCGCUUCAGAAGGUCAGCGAGAAAGAGGCCAAGCUGAAGGCGCUACGAGACAGGCUCACUACACCAACAAUCAAUAUAACCGGUGACUGCAACGCAAAUCUUCCAGCACCUCAGCGACAGACUGAGGUCAACGGGCCAACGAACCUGAGACCGACCAGGGAGCAACAUGUGAGCUUCAGGGACUAACUUCAAGUGAAGACCGGCACUUGAACGCCUUCCAAAAUCGAUGCUGUCGAACUGCUGACAGGAUUGACAGGAGCCCGUACUGGACUGCCGUUUUAACUGGGAGGACUGCCAGUACUCCUAAUUAAAAUGAAUUAGAUGUCUGAUGCUAUCAAUGCAGGAAACCAAGAAUUACCUUUAUAUAUAUAUUUAUAUAUUUGUAAAUUUAUUUAUAUGUACAGUAUGUGUGUGUAUGUAUUCAUAUAUAUGCAUAUACAUAGAUUUUCCCACCUUUUCAGCUCUCUCGCAUUUAGAGAUGUAGCACACCAAAAUGUAUAAAGGAAAUUAAAAACUCCACAUCACUGACCAUUGAACUCCAACUGAGGAAGCAAUAGCAUCGA